UAUAUUCAGUAAUGACAAGAACACCCGGGAUCCACUUUUUAGAAUCUCUGAUUCUCGCGGAGAAGUAGCGAUGCAGUGUUGCUCCUGCAAAUGCGUUCUGCAGACGCGGAGUUGAUCGUCAAGUUGCCGGCAUCAUCAGGGAAGGAAAGGAGAUCGAUGAAGAUUAGUCAGUUGCAAUGGAGCACAGGGUGCGCAAUGGUGGGCCUGUGGCACGCCUGCAUCGGCAUCCGUCUGAUGAUGGCCAGUAUAGGGUUUAUUAAUCGAAUGAUGAUGGCGCAUCCUCUAAUUACCUCCCAAACUCACCCAUCAUCAUCAUCAUCAUCAUCAUCAUUGUCAUCCUCUGGUGAUGGUGCAUCAUUUGCAUGGACCGCCAUGAACAUGAUCAACACUCACCUUACCAUGUUCUUGGCCAUCACCGCCCUCCUCGCAGCACUCGUGUUUGUGGUGGAACCCAUCGGAUGGAAGAAGAAGAUGAAGAAGAAGAAGAUCAAUAAUGGCCCAGCUGUUUCAUCCCCCACUCCUUCCCUCAUUGUAUAUUUAAUGAGAGCAGCUUCUGAGGAUGACGUACAGCGGAAGAACGCGAUGAUAACGGAGGAUGAUGAUGAUGAAUUGAUGAGAGAGAAUCAAACAGUGGGGAUGAGUAGUAAUCCGUCGCCCUCGCCGGUCUUAUGUGGAAUCCUAUCGAGCUGGUACGUGUGCGUGGGCGGGUGCCUGUGGGUGGCGGCUCAACCCCACGUCUCGUGGGGUGGUGUGAACUUCGUGGUUACUAUCUUUCUGGUCACCACCACCAUCUCCGCCGCAGUUGCAUGCUGCGGCGUCGCCCUUAUCGGCGCACCCAAAAAGAUUCACUAUUCGCCUGCGUCCUAUGCCGGCGGCCAAUGUAGUUUUUCUGUGGGAGAUUUUAAUUUGUUGUGUAGAAGUGGAAGCCUAGUCCUUUCGAUUGUGUAGAUUAAUCAUUUCAGUCCCUGAUUAUUUUUGUUCAUAUCUGUCUUUGGGAUCAACUUAGGAGUAGGUGGUUAGGAUGAGAGGAGUGGGGUGUGAACUCCCCCUUGUGACAAUGUUAUAAAAGAGUAAGAUUUGUAAUUUAAGAGGAUCUUUUUUUUUUUU